GCUUACGUCGCGCGGGAGGCGGAGGCAACGGCUACCUCUGUGGCGGCGGCGGCGGCGGCGGAGGCGCCUACGACGGAGACGGUUGCGCUAGCUUUCUCGGCGUCAUGGCGGCUGCCGGGAGCCGAUAAGCGGCGGGAGCGGGGGCGCGCGCGCGGCCGCGGUGAAGACGACGACUCGUUACUUCUUGCUUUUGCUGACCUCGCCGUUGGUGCUUUAAUAAUGAAUUGAUUGUUGGAUCCGCUCCGCAGGGGAUAGCGCGUUGGAGCCGCGGGCCGGGGCUUCCCCUUCUCCUCCGCGUCCUUCCCCUUCCCUCUCGCCCUCACGGACUCCUGCUUACCCCGAAACCCCCGGAGCCCGAGGACUCUUGGUGGCGGAGACAGCGGGCCCGGGCACAGGGGAGGCCGCCGAUCGAGUUGGCUCUCUCCGCCCCGCGAAGCCUGCACGCCCGCCGGUGAGUCAGAGGGUCCCAGGAAACCUGUGAAUGUUGAAGAAAAUUCAUCUGUGAAUUUUUGAUAUUCAAAGAGGAGUCAGUAUUUAUAUUCGUCUUUUAAACUGGGAAGAUUUAUAUUUUAUUUUAAAACUUCUUGAUAUUUACAAUGAAUGGACACAGUGAUGAAGAAAGUGUUAGAAACAGUAGUGGAGAGUCAAGCCAGUCGGAUGAUGAUUCUGGGUCAGCGUCAGGCUCUGGAUCUGGUUCAAGUUCUGGAAGCAGUAGUGAUGGAAGCAGUAGCCAGUCAGGUAGCAGUGACUCUGACUCUGGAUCUGAAUCGGGCAGUCAGUCAGAGUCUGAGUCAGACAAUUCCCGAGAAAAUAAAGUUCAAGCAAAACCACCGAAAGUUGAUGGAGCUGAGUUUUGGAAAUCUAGCCCUAGUAUUCUGGCUGUUCAGAGAUCUGCAAUGCUCAAGAAGCAGCAGCAGCAGCAACAUCAAGCUUCAUCUAAUAGUGGAUCAGAAGAGGAUUCUUCUAGCAGUGAAGAUUCUGAUGACUCAUCGAGUGAGGUCAAAAGGAAAAAGCAUAAAGAUGAAGAUUGGCAGAUGUCUGGGUCAGGAUCUCCAUCUCAGUCUGGUUCAGAUUCAGAAUCUGAAGAAGAAAGAGAUAAAAGUAGUUGUGAUGAAACAGAAUCUGAUUAUGAGCCAAAAAACAAAGUUAGAAGUAGAAAACCUCAAAAUAGAUCUAAGUCAAAAAAUGGAAAAAAGAUUAUUGGACAAAAAAAGAGACAGAUUGAUUCAUCUGAGGAGGAGGAGGAGGAUGAAGAAGACUAUGAUAAUGAUAAAAGAAGCUCUCGUCGACAAGCAACUGUCAAUAUUAGCUAUAAGGAAGACGAAGAAAUGAAAACAGAUUCUGAUGACCUACUUGAAGUCUGUGGAGAGGAUGUUCCUCAACCCGAGGAAGAGGAAUUUGAAACAAUAGAACGGUUUAUGGAUUGUCGGAUUGGGAGAAAAGGAGCUACUGGUGCUACUACAACCAUCUAUGCAGUUGAAGCAGAUGGUGACCCAAAUGCAGGAUUUGAAAAAAACAAGGAACCAGGCGAGAUCCAGUAUUUAAUUAAAUGGAAAGGAUGGUCACAUAUCCACAAUACUUGGGAGACAGAAGAAACCCUUAAGCAGCAGAAUGUUAGAGGAAUGAAAAAAUUAGAUAAUUAUAAGAAAAAAGAUCAGGAAACAAAAAGAUGGUUGAAAAAUGCUUCUCCAGAAGAUGUGGAAUAUUAUAAUUGCCAGCAAGAACUUACAGAUGAUCUCCAUAAGCAGUAUCAAAUAGUGGAGCGAAUAAUUGCUCAUUCAAAUCAAAAGUCAGCUGCUGGCUAUCCUGAUUAUUAUUGCAAAUGGCAGGGCCUUCCGUACUCAGAGUGCAGCUGGGAAGAUGGAGCUCUCAUUUCCAAAAAGUUUCAGGCGUGCAUAGAUGAGUAUUUCAGCAGGAAUCAGUCAAAAACUACUCCUUUUAAAGACUGCAAAGUUUUAAAACAAAGGCCAAGAUUUGUAGCCCUGAAGAAGCAGCCAUCCUAUAUUGGAGGACAUGAGGGAUUAGAAUUAAGAGAUUAUCAACUGAAUGGUUUAAAUUGGCUUGCUCACUCUUGGGUCAAAGGAAAUAGUUGCAUACUCGCUGAUGAAAUGGGCCUUGGAAAAACAAUACAGACGAUCUCAUUUCUGAACUAUUUGUUUCAUGAACACCAAUUAUAUGGACCUUUUCUAUUAGUAGUACCACUCUCCACUCUCACUUCCUGGCAAAGGGAGAUUCAAACAUGGGCUUCUCAAAUGAAUGCUGUGGUUUAUUUAGGUGACAUCAACAGCAGAAACAUGAUAAGAACUCAUGAAUGGAUGCAUCCCCAGACCAAACGGUUAAAGUUUAAUAUACUGUUAACAACUUAUGAAAUCUUAUUGAAGGAUAAGGCAUUCCUUGGAGGCCUAAAUUGGGCAUUUAUAGGUGUAGAUGAAGCACAUCGAUUAAAGAAUGAUGAUUCUCUUCUGUAUAAAACUUUAAUAGAUUUUAAGUCCAAUCACCGUCUCCUUAUCACUGGAACUCCUCUGCAAAACUCCCUCAAAGAGCUCUGGUCUUUGCUACAUUUCAUUAUGCCAGAAAAGUUUUCUUCCUGGGAAGAUUUUGAAGAAGAACAUGGCAAAGGCAGAGAAUAUGGUUAUGCAAGCCUCCACAAGGAGCUUGAGCCAUUUCUGUUACGCAGGGUUAAGAAAGAUGUGGAAAAAUCUCUUCCUGCCAAGGUCGAACAGAUUUUAAGAAUGGAAAUGAGUGCUUUACAGAAACAAUAUUACAAAUGGAUAUUAACUAGGAAUUACAAAGCCCUCAGCAAAGGUUCCAAGGGCAGUACCUCAGGCUUUUUGAAUAUUAUGAUGGAGCUAAAGAAAUGUUGUAACCAUUGCUACCUCAUUAAACCACCAGAUAAUAAUGAAUUCUAUAAUAAACAGGAGGCCUUACAACACUUAAUCCGUAGUAGCGGAAAAUUAAUUCUUCUUGACAAACUGUUAAUUCGCCUAAGAGAGCGAGGCAAUAGAGUUCUUAUUUUUUCUCAAAUGGUGCGGAUGUUAGAUAUACUUGCAGAAUAUUUGAAGUAUCGUCAAUUCCCCUUUCAAAGAUUAGAUGGAUCAAUAAAAGGAGAGCUGAGGAAACAAGCUCUAGAUCAUUUUAAUGCUGAAGGAUCAGAGGAUUUCUGCUUUUUGCUUUCCACAAGAGCUGGAGGUUUAGGAAUUAACUUAGCCUCAGCUGACACUGUUGUUAUAUUUGAUUCUGAUUGGAAUCCACAAAAUGAUCUUCAGGCACAGGCUAGAGCUCAUCGAAUUGGGCAAAAGAAACAGGUGAACAUUUAUCGUCUAGUUACAAAGGGAUCAGUUGAAGAGGAUAUUCUUGAAAGGGCCAAAAAGAAGAUGGUUUUAGAUCAUCUUGUGAUUCAACGAAUGGACACAACUGGGAAGACAGUAUUACACACGGGUUCUGCUCCCUCAAGUUCUACUCCUUUCAAUAAAGAAGAGUUAUCAGCCAUUUUAAAGUUUGGUGCUGAGGAACUUUUUAAGGAGCCCGAGGGAGAAGAACAAGAGCCCCAGGAAAUGGAUAUAGAUGAAAUCUUGAAGAGGGCUGAAACUCAUGAAAAUGAACCAGGACCUUUAACUGUAGGAGAUGAAUUACUUUCUCAGUUCAAGGUUGCCAACUUUUCAAAUAUGGAUGAGGAUGACAUUGAGUUGGAACCUGAAAGAAAUUCAAAGAAUUGGGAAGAAAUCAUUCCUGAAGAUCAAAGAAGACGAUUAGAAGAGGAAGAAAGACAAAAGGAACUUGAAGAAAUUUAUAUGCUCCCCAGAAUGAGAAACUGUGCAAAACAGAUUAGUUUCAAUGGAAGUGAAGGGAGGCGCAGUAGAAGUAGGAGAUACUCUGGAUCUGAUAGUGAUUCAGUCUCAGAACGGAAAAGGCCAAAGAAACGUGGAAGACCACGAACUAUCCCUCGGGAAAAUAUUAAAGGAUUUAGUGAUGCAGAAAUUCGGCGGUUUAUCAAGAGUUACAAGAAAUUUGGUGGCCCUCUGGAAAGAUUAGAUGCAAUUGCUCGAGAUGCUGAAUUAGUUGAUAAGUCAGAGACAGACCUAAGACGACUAGGAGAAUUGGUACAUAAUGGUUGCAUUAAAGCUUUAAAGGACAAUUCUUCAGGAACAGAACGAACAGGUGGUAGACUUGGAAAAGUAAAGGGUCCAACAUUCCGAAUAUCAGGAGUACAAGUGAAUGCCAAGCUAGUCAUCUCCCAUGAAGAAGAAUUAAUACCGUUGCACAAAUCCAUUCCUUCAGACCCAGAAGAAAGAAAGCAGUAUAUCAUCCCAUGCCACACGAAGGCAGCUCAUUUUGAUAUAGACUGGGGCAAAGAAGAUGAUUCCAAUUUGUUAAUUGGUAUCUACGAAUAUGGAUAUGGAAGCUGGGAAAUGAUUAAAAUGGAUCCUGACCUCAGUCUGACACACAAGAUUCUUCCAGAUGAUCCUGAUAAAAAACCACAAGCAAAACAGUUACAGACACGUGCGGACUACCUCAUCAAAUUACUUAGUAAAGAUCUUGCAAGAAAAGAAGCUCAGAGGCUUUCUGGUGCAGGAGGUUCAAAAAGGAGGAAAGUAAGAGCUAAGAAGAAUAAAGCAAUGAAGUCUAUAAAAAUGAAAGAGGAAGUAAAGAGCGAUUCUUCUCCCCUGCCCUCAGAAAAGUCUGAUGAAGAUGAUGAUAAGGAUGAGAUCACUUCUGUGAAACAUCCAAAUAAAAAAGUUAAAACAGAAAGAGACAGUGAAGAAAAACCUGAGCCAGAUGUUUGUAUAAAGAAGGAACCAGAAGAAAAGAGGGAAGCGAAAGAAAAGGAAAAUAAAAGAGAACUUAAAAGGGAGAUAAAAGAAAAAGAGGAUAAGAAAGAUAUAAAGGAAAAAGAUUUUAAAGAGAAAAGAGAAAACAAAGUAAAAGAAGCUAUACAGAAAGAAAAAGACAUAAAGGAAGAAAAGUUGAGUGAAUCCAAGUCUGAUAGCAAGGAAAGAUCUAAGAAAUCUUCAGUGUCGGAUGCUCCAGUUCAUAUCACUGCAAGUGGUGAACCAGUUCUCAUAUCUGAAGAAUCUGAAGAGCUAGAUCAGAAGACAUUCAGCAUAUGUAAAGAAAGAAUGAGGCCUGUCAAAGCAGCUUUGAAGCAACUUGAUAGGCCCGAGAAAGGCCUUUCAGAAAGAGAACAACUGGAACAUACUAGACAGUGCUUAAUAAAAAUUGGAGACCAUAUCACGGAAUGUCUGAAAGAGUAUACAAAUCCUGAACAAAUCAAGCAGUGGAGAAAAAACCUGUGGAUUUUUGUAUCUAAGUUUACUGAGUUUGAUGCAAGAAAAUUACAUAAAUUAUAUAAGCAUGCUAUUAAAAAACGGCAGGAAUCUCAGCAAAAUAAUGACCAGAACAGCAACUUGAAUACUCAAGUGAUUAGAAAUCCAGAUGUGGAAAGAUUAAAAGAGAAUACAAAUCAUGAUGAUAGCAGCAGGGACAGUUACUCAUCUGAUAGGCACUUAUCUCAAUAUCAUGAUCAUCAUAAAGACCGACAUCAGGGAGAUUCUUAUAAAAAGAGUGACUCUAGGAAAAGACCCUAUUCUUCUUUUAGUAAUGGUAAAGAUCAUCGUGAUUGGGAUCACUACAAGCAAGACAGCAGAUACUAUAGUGAUAGAGAGAAACACAGAAAACUGGAUGAUCACAGGAGUAGAGACCACAGGUCAAAUUUGGAAGGAAGUUUAAAAGACAGAACUCAUUCUGAUCAUCGUUCUCAUUCAGAUCAUCGGUUGCAUUCAGACCAUCGGUCAAGUUCUGAAUAUACACACCAUAAAUCUUCCAGGGAUUAUAGGUAUCACUCAGAUUGGCAGUUGGACCAUAGAGCUUCCAGUAGUGGCUCUAGAUCACCACUAGAUCAGAGGUCUCCUUAUGGCUCCAGAUCUCCAUUUGAACACUCAAUUGAACACAGAAGUACACCUGAGCAUACCUGGAGUAGUCGGAAAACAUAACAAAAACUGAUAGUGUCUUUCUGGACUUUUCUUUUAGCCAUAUAUCAUAAACCAAUACAGUAAUUGCCUUACAUGACUUGAAAGAUAUAAACAGAUCUUCUAUCAGUAGCAGUAUUGUUACUUCUUUCCAGGAUGCAAGGUCUAUUAUCCCAACAGAAGAGAAACUAUUUUUAUAUUUAAGGAUUAUGCUGCACUGUACUACAAAUAUUGUAGUACUUUUUCUUUUCUUUUUUAAAGAAAUGGAAAAUGUUUACUAUUACAGGGACCUCAACACUGCCCUUCCAUAUAGGCUGGAUAAAACUGUUUUUAAGUCAGUGGUUUUAGACUGACAUCCAUUUAAAUUAUGUUUGUAUAUGAACUUUACUCUGACCUGUGAUCUUGUUUCAGGAAGGAAUGAAAGAGAGUUCUUUUCUUAAUAAAGAAAACACACUCAAGGACUUUAUUCACUUUCCAAAGCUACUUGUUUACAUGUACACUGCGACCACCUUGCCGCUUUUCAUCACAAGCUUGAAUAUUUAAAUUCUGUACUUAUAUCUGUAAAAUAGCCAGGAAUUUCCUGUUUGUGAUCUAUUAUUAUGCCUUUUUACACACACAAACAAUGGCUGUAAAUUACUGUAAAUGUAUUAAAUGAGCUUUCCUUACUUCCUUCCCCUUCUCAGGCUUUUUUUGACUGUUCCUUUCCCUACCAACUCAGGCCUUCUUAUCAUUUAAAAAUAUAUAUAUCAGUGUAAUAACACUUUUUAAUGAUUUGUCUUGAUGGAAUCAUUGUUUAGAAUGUAAAAAAAUGGGGAAAGGGGCCACUUAAUUCCAUUAGUCCUUUUUAUAUUGACUAUUUUAUUAGAUACAUGUUAUUUCUUUCCUUUCCCUUUUUUAGUCAAUAUUGUGUAACAAAAUGGUGAGAUGAUAAUGUAAAAUCUAAACUGCAUGCUCUGGAAACAGUUUUUUCAGAUGCAUUUGGUUUAAAAGGGUAGGUGUAUGAACACUUUCAGAAUCCAAAUGGCCAAAAGUUAUUGUAAAUCCAUUUGUUUUCCUUUUCAUGUGGGCAAUAAUGUCAAAUGUGCUAUGCAGCCAGGUAACAUUUUAGAUAAACUUGAUUGACUUUUAAUAAAAACUGUUACAAUGCACACUGAUUGUAUAUAAAAACCUUAUAUAUGACAAAUUAAAUUUAAGAAAAAGGA